GGCGUUGACUCUGGCUGGAGAUGGAAACCGACAGCUGAGGGAGAAUCUGAGCCAAACGCCUGCAGAGAUCUGCAGAGGCCACGGCAGCAUGGAGGACGUCGACAACCUGUUCAACCCCAGUCUAGCAGCAGCUCUGAAGAAACUUGACCCGGAGGAUGGGGAGCAGAUUAUGGAGUAUUUUAAAACCCACGCGCUGCUGUCCAGAGAAAAAGCUUUGCUGCAGGCGUCGGUCAGAGAGCAGAAGAAGCUGCUGGUGGAAAACGCCAAGCUGAAAAACGACAUCGAACACCUGAGAGCUCAACUGCAGGACAAACAGAAGAGACGCACGGCUAAAACUUUGCUCUCUCAGGCCACACCCCCUCAUAGUCUUAGCCCCGCCCCCAACAAACCUGCCAGUCAACCAGCUUCCCCAUUAGGAGCAACAGCUGUUGUUCCUGUUCCUCCACUUCCUCCCUCUGGUUCAUCACAUGGAGGGAGGGAGAGACAGAGCCGGAGGAGGAGGGGGGAGAGGAAAGCUGGAUCCACCUCAGACCCUUUAGCUCUGGGGGCCGAGACUCAGAUAGAUGUGUCACGUCUGGAUCUGCGGGUCGGGAGGAUCCUCAGCGUCCGCCUCCAUCCCUUAUCUGAGACCAUGAGCGUCCAGGAGGUGGACAUGGGAGAAGACUCCCCCCGGACAGUGGUCAGCAGGCUGGGAGGGAAAUCAGACCUGGAGGAGCUGCAGGACUCAUUAGCUGUGGUGCUGUGCAACGUCAAGCCAACCAAAAUGAAGGGCGUGGCCUCCCAGGCACGACUUCUCUGUUGUGCCACCUCUGAUGACCACAUUGAGGUGUUGGUUCCACCUGCAGGCUCCGCCCCUGGAGACAGAAUCACCUUCCUGAACUAUCCUGGUGAACCGGACCGGGAGCUGCCGUCCAAACUGAAGAUCUGGGAGCUCCUGCAGUCUGACCUGCAGGUGGACUCCAAAGGUGUGGCCACCUACAAAGGUUGUGGGUUUGAGGUGAAGGGGAAGGGGCUGUGCAGGGCCCCCUCCCUCAUUAACUGUGCCAUCAGAUAGGGUGCUUUUAUUUUGAAAAGCCUUCCCAGCUGUGGACCAGCAGUCAGAAAAUUACCAGUUUGAG